AUCCGGUUAACUUGGACAAACACGUGAGCUGUAACAGUUCGACGCCCGUGAUUUCGUCCAAGUAGUGCUUCAGCCUGACAGAUUCAAAUAAGUAUCAUUGCAGUACCUCUAGCUCAAGUGCUGUUAUGCUCGCCAGGCGUUCUCUCUUUACAGUUCGUCAGAGACCGUUCAGGAAAAUUCAUAUGUCAUCUCUCACCGGGCCACGUCCAGUUGACUGGAAAGCAGCUGCCCCUCCAAUAUCCAAUUUCUCGCCCCAACAUACCUCUCUUCCUCGUUUGCCAGUUCCAAAUCUCACUGCUACCCUCGAGCGACUGAAGACGUCAUUGUUGCCGUUGGCACACUCGGAAACUGAAUUCACUGAUGCUGUUAGGAAGAUUGACGCAUUUGGAUCACACGUUGGGUUAGGGAACCUGUUGCAGUCUCGUCUCCUGCAGCGUGCAAACGAACGCGAACACUGGCUGGAGGAGUGGUGGGAUAAUCUCGGCUACUUGGGCUAUCGAGAUUCAGUUGUGGUGAAUGUUUCAUAUUACUAUGGCUUUGAUGGGCAACCUGCCCACCUUCCGCAAAGCCCUGCUGCUCGUGCCGCUGGCCUUGCACGUGGAGCCCUCACAUUUCGGCAGAAGCUGCUGAGCGGUCAGGUGAGCCCUGACAGCACAAAGGAGGGUCAAUUUUGUAUGGACACAUAUCGAUGGAUGUUUGAUUGCUGUCGUAUACCUGGCCUCCAGGGUCUUGACUGGAGCGUAUCACAUGCGGGUGCCAAGGUAGAUGAAUUGGGGCAUAUCAUUAUUGUCAGGAGGAACAGGUUCUGGAAGCUCAAGGGUAUCGUAAAUGGGCGGGUACUCAGCAUGACUGAGUUAGAGAAACAGAUUCAACAUAUUUACGACUCUACCACGGAGGAAUACCCAGGAGUUGGCGUUUUGACGGCGUCAAAUCGUGACGUAUGGGCCAAGGACCAUGCUCACCUGGCCGCGAACCCGCACAACGCAUCUAUCUUGUAUACAAUACACUCCUCUGCCUUCCUCAUCUCCCUUGACACCGACAUGCCCACCUCUCCCAUUGAUCACAGUCGCUCUCUUUGGCACGGUUCGCUCUCACCCUCUACAUCGGAUGCACCUGGUCUCAAGAACCGUUGGGUCGAUAAACCUGUCGAGUUCGUCGUUUUUGAUAAUGCAAACGCCGGACUCAUGGGCGAGCAUUCCGUUAUGGACGGUACGCCUACAGCCCGCAUGUGUGAUGAGGUGCUCGACUGGCUGGCCGAUCCCGAUUUUGACCUCGGGGUGCCCUCCGCUACUCCGCCACCAACACCCGAACCAUUAGAUUUCGUGGUAGAUGCCACGACGCGUAGCGCAAUCGAUAAGGCGUCGAAAGCUGCAUACGAGCUUGCUGAUUCACAGGCAAUGUCAUACCACCUCACAUCAUAUGGCAAGGCCGCCAUCAAGGCGUUUGGUGUGUCGCCUGAUUCAUGGGCUCAGAUGAUUAUCCAACUGGCGUAUGCCCGCUUCCUCCGUGCACGCGGGCUGAAUAGGGAAGGAGGGACAUAUGAGGCAGCGACUACACGCAGAUACUGGAAAGGCCGGACAGAGACAAUCAGGGUCGUCACUUCACAAUCGGAUGCUUUUGUUUCGGCGAUGGAUGACCCUCAUGUCAGCCGCGAGGACCGACAACAGCUUUUCAAUGCGGCUGGGAAAGCGCAUAUUGCACUCGCUAAGACAGCAGGGACUGGGGAAGGAGUAGAUCGGCACAUGCUGGGGUUGAAACUCUGCCUGAAAGAGGGCGAGGCAGUUCCCGAGCUGUACAACGAUCUGUUGUACAAACGUUCCGGAAACUGGGUCCUGAGCACGAGCGCCGUUUUCUCGGACCAUUUCCCAGUGUACGGAUGGGGUGAGGUUGUGCCGGAGGGUUUUGGGGUGGCAUAUAUGACUGGAUACGACGACCGUCUGCAAUAUACCAUCACCUCACGGAGGGAAAUGCCAAAUCAGGAGUUCAUGGAUGAGAUCGCGAGGGCUGCAGUGGAUUUGUAUGAUUUAUACGCUGGUCAGCGAAAGGCCAUGUUGUAACCCUUUUCGUGUACUGUGGGCGGAGUUCUGCAGAACAACAGCGUCGGCUUUCGUUCAGCAAUCAUUGCCGCAGAAUUUGUUUAUCCAAAUCAAGAAGUUAGUGCUUCGACCCGACGCCCCCUAUGAGUGAACUGAGCAGUCACUAGGGCCAGAGUUUGUCGAGUAAUACACAAUGUUAAAUUAGAUGAACCAUGAUAUCAAAUAUUUUGAGC